AAUUCCAAACAUGAUGACCCAGGAAUAGACCAACAUUCCUUACAUUUCUCUUCUCCUUUCCUCUUAAUUUUCAAGUCUUCUUCCCAUUUCUCCUUCUCCUUAGCCCUUUUCUCUUCUUCAACAUCACCCAGAUAUCAACAAUAACAAAAAGGAUGAUUCCCCUUUUAUACACAAUGAUCUUUGUAGAAUCCACCAUGAUAAUGCUCCUAUUAUUCAAAUCUCCUUUGAGAAAGCUUGUCAUUGCAAUUCUUGACAAAAUCAAAAGAGGUCGUGGCCCUAUUGUGGUCAAAACUGUUUCUGCUACAAUUUCUGUUGUGUUUCUUUCAACCCUUUACAGCAUUCUUAAGAUCCAAAGGCGUGGAAUUGGUGAAGAUGGUGCCCCUGAUACUCUAAGUCCCACUGAUCAAAUCCUCUUUUCUAAGCACCUUCUUGAAGCCUCUCUUAUGGGAUUCAUCCUCUUUCUUGCGCUAAUGAUUGAUCGCCUGCAUCACUACAUCAGAGAGCUUCGUUUAAGAAGGAAGACCAUGGAGGCUGUGAAGAAGAAUGAUACAAGAUGUGCGGGCCCUGAGGAAAUCAAAGCUAGGGAGCAGCAAGUUGAAACAUUCAAGGAGAUGAUUAGGCAGCUGGAAACAGAACUAGAGGGCAAGGUUAAGGAAGCAAGUACAUCGGAAGCUACUGUUGAGGCUCUUAGAAAGCAGUCCGAGGGGCUGCUUCUUGAAUAUGAUCGUUUGUUAGCGGAAAACCAAGAGCUUCGGAAUCAAUUGCAGACUUUGGACCUGAAAUUGUCGUAUUCUGGCAUGAAGAAAGAUUCGUCUAUCUUUCUCCAUAUUUGAAAAUGAUCAGAAGCGAAGUUAGGUCGCAAAAGAAAGAUAAUUACCAAUGAUGCGAAUAGAAAGAGCGAGAGGAAAAAUAACAUUUUCGAUCCGAUACCAAAAGAGCCAGAGAUGGAACUCCAAGCCAAACUAGCCAUGCUUGGGAUAGCAAUGAAGAGGAAGAACACAGGACGGAGCAUAGCAGGAAGGCGAUCACCACCCGAGAAUCUUUGGUAAAGGGUGACGAAAAGCACCAAGUAGUGAACCAUUCCUAAGGAGAACAUGCAUACUGCUGUCUCCUUCCACCCAAUCUGUGCCGAGGCCCUUGCUCCUACUAGAUUCCCUAGGACUGAUAUCUGGCUUGUCGGGUUUGCUACCAUCGAGAGGAACCUCUUCUCGGUGGUGAACCAUUGCCCGUAUAUCUUGACAUCGAAGGCUAUGAUGGGAAUGGUAAAUGCCCACCAAAGUAUUAGAUAAGGGGUAGUCGUCUUUGGAACGAUGAAGAUUAUAGGGGUCGAUUGGAGUAGCAAUAGCCAAGAGGUCCAAGGUGCGAAAAGGUAAUUCACUCCUACAUGGUGUAAGAGCUCAGCUUUCACUAAGCGGAAGUGAAAGAAGCAUCGAAGAAUGUAGAAGACGGAGAGUGAUGCUAAGAUCAACAAAGACAUACACCAAAAGACGAGGGGAGUCGUUGAAGGGAGGAUGUUGAGGACAUUUAGGAGAACCGAUGCAUUUUCGCUUAUAAUUUUGUUAGUAAUAUGAUUGGUGCUACAAGUUUGGCAAAUCAUUUUCCAUAGUAGUGCUUGGCUUCCAAAUGACAGACCGAUUCUGAAAUAACCUGCAUGGAGUCGGGCUAGAAUCGAUAACAACCAUGUGAAUGACUGCUUAUGAUUUACUCUUGAAGAUCUUGGAAGGGUGUUGUUGGUGGUUGUGUCUAUAACUAGCUGGAUUGAGGGUGGUGUUUGUAGUUCUCUACAAGGCAUUUUUUUUCCUUAGGAUGGAGGUGAAUUGAAAGUUGAUGCUUUAUUCUAUUAGAGAAUAUGGAUGGUAUAUAUAAGCUACAAGAGCUAAGAUGACGAAAUGACAACAAAAACAUGACAUACGCUAAUGUGUACUGGAUGGUAUAUAUACGCUAAUGCUUUUUUUUCCAAACAUGUCUUAUACGGGGUUUGAGGAAGUUAGAUGUAUGCAACAUUAGUUGUUUCUUAUUGAAGCAACUUCACAUAUGACACUACAAGUGAUUAAUGA